AUGCAACUGAUCGCUGACCUGAAAGCCCGUGGGCUGAUACAGGAUAUUAUGCCGGGUACCGAAGAGCAACUGCAAAAGGAAAUGACUGCGGGUUAUAUUGGUUUCGACCCUACUGCAGACAGCCUCCAUGUAGGCAGCCUUUUGCCCAUCACCCUGCUGAUGCGCCUUCAACGUGCCGGCCAUAAACCCAUUGCGCUCGUAGGCGGCGCUACCGGCAUGAUCGGAGACCCAACCGGUAAAAGUGCGGAACGGAAUAUGCUGGAUAUGGAUACGUUACAAAAAAAUUGUGACGGCAUCCGCAAACAGCUGGAAAAAUUCCUGGACUUUGAUGAUACCAAGCCGAACGCUGCAGAAAUGGUCAACAACUAUGACUGGCUUAAGGACUAUACAUUCCUGGACUUUAUACGCGACAUUGGCAAGCACAUCACGGUAAAUUAUAUGCUGAGCAAGGAUUCCGUGCAAAAACGGAUGGAGCAUGGCUUUUAUGGAACGAUAGAUGAGCUGAACUCUUACCUGGGCAUGGUGAAUGACAGCUGCGGUAAUCCCGAGAUCAGCGACUGGCUCCGGGAGAUACAAGACCGGCUCUUUACCCUCGGUGCAGAGCUGGCCACCACACCCGACAAGGAAGUAAAAAUGAAGCUGCCCGAUCUGCAUGAUGAAGAUGUGUCCUGGCUGGAGCAGCGAAUUGAUAAAAUGAACGAGGUGCUUCCCGAGAUGCGUUCAUUUAUUAUUCCCGGGGGUAAUAUGGCGGCAUCUACCUGUCAUGUGGCCCGUUGUGUAUGUCGCCGGGCAGAGCGGCUCUGCGUAGGGAUGCAGCAGCAGGAAGAGUAUGUACCGGAUCUGAUUGUCCGUUACCUCAACCGCCUUUCCGAUUUUCUGUUUGUGCUGGCA